AUGACCGCAAAGUCGGCAACAAAGGAAAAGAUAGGCGAGGGAGAGAAAUUUCAAUUGGGGACUGUUGGCGCAUUGAGUUUGUCAGUGGCGUCGUCGGUGUCGAUUGUGAUUUGCAACAAGACGUUGAUGAGUUCGUUGCGUUUCAUCUUUGCUACAACUUUGACAAGUUGGCAUUUGCUUGUAACAUUUUGUUCUCUUCAUGUUGCACUAAAAUUGAGAUUUUUUGAGCACAAACCUUUUGAGAAGAAAACUGUGAUGGGAUUUGGAAUUCUAAAUGGAAUCUCUAUUGGACUUUUAAAUUUGAGUUUGGGCUUCAAUUCUGUUGGCUUUUAUCAGAUGACUAAGUUGGCAAUCAUCCCCUGUACGGUUCUAUUGGAGAUCCUUUUUCUUGGGAAGAAAUUCAGUAAAAGAAUACAAUUUUCCCUUGCAAUCCUCCUUUUGGGUGUUGGAAUUGCUACAGUUACUGAUGUGCAGCUCAAUGCUUUGGGCUCAUUGUUAUCUUUACUAGCAGUCAUUACUACAUGUGUUGCUCAAAUUAUGACAAAUACCAUUCAAAAGAAGUUUAAGGUUUCUUCUACCCAACUUUUGUAUCAAUCAUGUCCAUAUCAAGCAGCCACCUUGUUAAUCUCUGGACCAUAUUUGGAUAAACUUCUGACAAACCUAAAUGUUUUUUCUUUCAAAUACACAACACAAGUGACGGUGGUCAUUAUUCUUUCAUGUCUGAUCUCUAUCGCUGUGAAUUUUAGUACAUUCCUUGUAAUUGGAAGGACUUCUCCAGUCACCUAUCAAGUCCUUGGACAUCUGAAGACAUGUCUUGUAUUGGCUUUUGGAUAUAUUAUUGUCCAUGAUCCUUUCAAUUGGAGGAACAUACUAGGGAUCAUGGUAGCUAUGGCUGGGAUGAUUAUAUAUUCUUACCACUGUACUCUUGAGACUCAACAAAAAGUUACAGAAGUUCCACAACUGCCACAGGCAAGAGAAGGUGAGAAUGAUACUCUCAUUAAUGUGGAAAAUACAAGUACAAUUCUAAACAAAAGGCCUCCUGUAUACAAAGAUAAAAACUAA